GGUACAAAGCCAAAAGUGGCUGGUGUCCGCUUUGCUGCCGGUUUGCCAGAGGAGGGCGCUCACAAUCAUGUCCACUUUGAAGAGAAGCUGCACGAUUCAGUGGUCAUGGUCUCCCUGGAGCCAGAUGGGAAUUUUUUAGUAAAGGUCGGCUUUCUGAAGAUUUUGCACAAGUAUGAAAUCACCUUCACUUUGCCUUUAAAUCAAAAGCUGGGGAAGAGCAUUUGUGCGGUACCACUACCGAACCUGAACCUCAAAGUGACCAACAUCACCCGCGUUGCCGGAAGGGCACAGCAUUAAAUGUGAGUACAUGGCACAUAAAGAGGGAGUCUUAAAGGAGGAGAUGAUCUUGUCCAGUGAGACUGAUGACAAAACCUUCAUCAGGGUGUCGGUACAGGCCCGAGUGUUGGAUCGCCAUCAUGGUACUCCCAUGCUGCUGGAAGGCGUCAGAUGUAUUGGGGCGGAGCCAGAGUACGAUUCCGAGCAGAGUGAUUGGCACGGAUUUGACUGA